CGCUACAUUCCGGUUUGUCAACAGACGGUGCUGGGAGUGAAGUGUACAGUAAUAUAAGAAUAUUGUACUGCAUAAAUUAAAAUCGAAUGAUGAAAAUAAAUAUAUAUUAACACAAAAAGGACGUCAUUUCUGAAUUCUAUAUUAGCUGUUCUCUGCCAUUAGAAAAGCUGAUACUUGCAUUUCUUUCAUUUCAACUGAUGCUUGGCCAUUCGAUUGCAGACACACCGGCUUGUGAUUAAUAUUUUUGAAUACCCGGCGAUGGCAAUGCUGUUCAGCCUCUGAAAAAGGUCUUAUUUGGUCUCAUCCUAAGCCUAGGCCUUGUGGUGGUCUGCAGAAGUCGGACUUUAUUUGUCUCGAGAUUGCUUUAUUCUGAACAUUGUUUAUAUUAGUUGAUAUGCCUUACAACAAACAAGCAGACACUCAAGAAGGGUCGUUUCUGUUGCCCAGUUCAAGAAUUCAGACAUCUCAAUUAGGCCCAGGUUUAGGUCUAGGCCAAUAUUCGGAGCAUGGUGCCCCAAAUAAUGGUGACAAUCCAUAUUUGGUUGGUAGGCCUAUUCAAGAACGAAAUGAAUGGAAGGACAAUCUAGAGAAAUCCUACCUACAAUCGAUUGAGCAGGGGACUUAUGAGUCGAUAGGAAUGCCUAUUCAGAGAGAAGAAAUUGUAAGAGAAAGGACGUGUAAAGAUGCGGGAAAAGAUGAAUUAGUCGUGAAUAAUAAUGCUUUUGGCCUUGAUGCGGUGGUCGAUGAUUGUGUUCAGAUUAAGUACUGUGUUGAAGGCCUAAGUAACUAUGAACUGGCUGUAAAAGGUAUUCAUGUUGACGAGCGUAUUCUACCAGGUUUCAAGUACAGAGUUCGAACGCUUGGACUGAAAAACCGAUACUUACUCAAUGGAAAAGCACUCCAUCUUAUAAAUAUUGGCCAAGGAUAUGGCAAAAGACUGACUUUUGAAUCAAAUCUUCACAAUAUGAACACAAACUAUUUUUGGUCAGAUUCCAGCGAUAAAGGAUAUGGAUUCAGCAUUGUAGCUGUUGAACACGGCGACAAAUUUACCGUAUGUAGCUUAGAGCGGCGGCCAAUCGGACAUGCUGUUAUAGAGGAUGUUGAUCCAUCACAAAUUGAAUUACAUUCUGAAGUUAUUGGCAAGAAUAUUACUAAGGAAGUCAGUUUGAGAAUGCGGUGUAGAGUGCGAUACACCUGCGAGCCUCAUGGAAUGAUGUCUUUAAGAGCAGAUGAAAUGGUUCUUGUCAGCGGAUUGGCAGUGGUCACAAAGAGCCAAAACCAAUCUAAAGCAAUCACAGAACUGAUAAAAAACAUUGAAUUGAUGUCGAUUGGACCCUGUUUAUUUGUAAAGGAGCAAUGAUAUGUUUUGCCAUUGUUAACACUUACUGUAUGGUUGUCCGAGGUUUAGACUUUGUAUGUUGAAGCUUUAAAUGACUAUGAAUAAGGACAGUAAUCUUGAAGUCUUUGUUCACUCAAAAUUCAUUCAUAAAUUAAUACACAUACAAUAUUUGACUUUCCAAGUGAGCGAUUUCUUCCAGUUGAAUUCAGAAAUUAAUUGCUUCCGAAAUCUGUAGUGCAGGGCACUGGAAGUAAUAUUUAUGAAUUAUAUUGAUGGCUUGAACUGGGUUAUAACCUUUCUGGUUCAUGAAGUUUUAAUUGGUUGUUUUAAAUUGUGUAUUAAUGUUAUACUGAGAAUCAAAUUAAUUUUAAUGGAUGUCAUUUAUAAUUACCAUAUUGAAAUUGUAUAUAUAUAAUGAAGACUAAUAAAGAUAGAUGAAAAUCAGAA